GAGUCUCUCCGUCUCUCUCCCUGGGCACAAAAUUAGCCUUCGUUACUGCUCAAGGAUCCAACUGAGCCAUGUCUUCUCCCGAUCAGGCUUCAUCUGAGAAGGGACCGCCCGGAAGUUCAGCCUCACAAGGUUGGGAGAAGCGUAUCAUCGUUCCCACACUUCUUGCAGGUGUUGUCGGUGGAGUGGGUGGAAUCUUGUCCCAGCGUAGGAAGGCGUUUGGGGUCGCCAAGCUGUGUGCAACAUAUGCUGCUAACUUGUCUAUAGUGACCGGUUGCUAUUGUGGUGCACGUGAGCUUACCAGAGAGCUUCGGGCUUCUGAGAAUGGAGACCUUUUGAACUCGGUGAUUGGAGGAAUAUCCAGUGGAGCAUUUCUUGGACGUCUUCAAGGUGGUCAAGUUGGUGCAGUUCGAUAUGCCGUCAUAUUUGCAUGCACUGGUACUGCGCUAGAUUAUGCGGCUUUGAGAAUGAAGUCUCGAGCAGAGAGCAGCAAUGACUCUGUCCUUGAGAACUCUCAGCAAAAGAGUGAGAAGAAGAGUUGGUGGAGUUGGCCUGAGUGGGCACCGAUUCAAUUAUAUGAUGAAGAAGCUGAAGCAAAAAAGGAGCAGGAAAAACAGUUCUUUGCACAACGCCGGAUGGUUAAAAUGGACAAGAGAGAGUCCUUGGACAGCUGAUUGGUCUUUUCUUCUCUAUUGUAUGUCUAAUUCAUUUGAGGCAGCUGAUUGGUCUUUCUGACCUAUAUAUUGUGUCUUUGAUUCUUUUGAGCAACAUAAAAGCUGUAUAGACCAGAGGUUGGCAGGGUGGCCCUGCUGCUGCUGCGGACGGACAUGGUUCGACUCCUACGAGCGUCUGCUCUUUGCAUAAAGCCGAGGCCUAUUGCAGAACUUUGGAAUAUCCUAUAUCCAAAAUUGAUGCUCUUGUUACUGCGCAAAAAGUUGGCGAUAAUGGAAAUUCAGCCCUUUUCUUUAUAAAAUUCA